GAGGAAUAAUGUUUGGGAGUUUUUUUAAAGACACAUAAUUUGCUUUGAGAAACCUCUACCAUGAUUGCCGUAUUUUUUUAGGAUUACGACUAUUUUUUCUCUUCACGAUUAUUUGUUGACUCACAGGAUUUCCCUACAAGCGCCCCCCCAUAUAAAAAUUCACUAGACUAGACGCAAGUUGCUACGUAUUUGCAUAUCACCAGGAACGUUAUUUCUGAGAUAAUUACAAUUGUUUGGUCGAGUUAGACACUACUAAUUCCCAAAUAAAUGUUACCUGUUCCCCCGUCUUGUGACAAAGGCACACCAAGCUGGUCAUCACUUAAACGCAAAUCGUGGCUUUAUCCAAAUUCUUUAAACUGUGCACGAGAAAAUGUUUAUGAGAGUCAUUUGCUGAAAACUAAGAAAGCAGCUGAACAAGAACCUAUGUUAUUGCCUAAUCGUAUCCCUCAUUCAUGUGUUCCACCAGUUAGGAUACUUACAAUGAAAACACUGGGUACUACUGAAUAUCAAUUUCCUCUUAUCUUGUACAAUAAUAAAAUGUUAAAAGAAAAUUUCAUAUCACCUGUAAGUAAACUUUUACAUUUACCUGAAAAUAAUAAAGUAAGAAAGAAACUAACAUCAAUUCAGAAUAUUCACUUAUUAAAACUCCCAGCAAAUUGUUCAAUAGUACCAUGGGAAAAUAAUGAUCAUAAUCUAAACAAACUAUUAUCUUUAGAUGAAAUUAAAUCGCUUACUAAAUUCAAUCCAAAAACGAUGAAAAAGGUUAAACAACAUUCUAUAAACUUGCAUUUGUUAAAAAGUCAUUUCUUAUUGAAUGAACAGGAAUCAUCAAAUAAGUCAAAUGGAUAUCAUCAAUUAUUAAAAUUGAAUCAAAAUAACUCUAAUAUUAAAUAUCAAUUGAGUAGUAAUGGUAAGCUUUUAAGGUUACCAUAUUUAUGUCAUCCAAUCGAAAGAAAAUUUAAUCAUAAUAAGACUGAUAAUAAAAUUUCCAACAAUAAUGUAACUUCAAAAGAAACCUAUCUUUCAAAUUACAAAGGAACUAAAGACUAUAAACCAACCUCAAAUGAACAAACAUUACAAAUGUUAACAUAUCCAAUUCAUAGUGAACAACAUAACAAUGUAGAUCAACAUACAUUAAGUGAUAUUUCAUGGGCUUUAGAAACAACUAAAGAAAAUAUCAAACCUAAUUCUGUUAAUAAUUUGAAAGAUUAUAAUGUAUCACAGUGUAAAUUUGAUCCUUCUAUUCAAAAUGAUAAAAAAUUCUAUAAUGAUUGUGGAGUUCAAUUUAAUUUUGUUGAUUAUGGGGAACCUAAAACUCAAAUUGGUUUCAAUACAUUUACUAACUGUGAGAAUGCAGCAUGGCCUUCAGAUUGUAUUGAACAACUGUUGUCCAAUGAUGUUGCACAUGUCACUAAACAAUUUUUAAGUAUACAUACAUCUGACCUGAUAGAUUGGAAUAAUGAAGAUAAAUGUAUUGUACCAUGUGUUCCAUUACACAUUAAUACAUCUAAUAUUUAUGAACAAAAUCCUUGCAAUUCACCAGUUAACAAACAACCAAUAGAAAUGAAUAAUACAAUUAGUCCAUCAAAAAUUGUACAUAAUGAAUCGUCUUUAGUAUCAAAAUCACAAAUAAAUAACGUAACGACAACAACAACAAUAACAAACAUAUCAACUGAGAAUAAGCCGGAAUUAUUCAUCACGGAUUUGGUUACUGCCAAGAUGUUACAAAAUUCAAAUAAAGUUAAUCAAGAUAAUAAACAAUCAAUGAAUAAUGAAGUUAAAUCAUUAUUAUCAUGUAAUAAACAAGGAUCAAGUUAUUUUCCUUUAGAUGUAGUAAAAGCAUUAAGUGAAAUUGAUAAUCGUUUAAAUGUGAUUGAUAAAGUUUCAGUUCAAUUAGAACAAGAUCAUAAACGUAAUCAAGAGCUUCUUGAAACAAUUAUUCAGUUGAAUAAAGAACAAAGCCAAGUUAAUCUAUCUUGUCAGUUAGAUGAACCAAACAAAAGUGAAACAACAUCUAAACAACAAAAACUACAGUUACCUGAUGAAUUAAAUUUCAAUGGCGAUCAAGUACAUAAUGAAAAAAUAAUUGACAGCGAAAUUAAUCCUAAUGUUCAAGAUCAAAGACAUGAUUGUACAAUUGUAAAACAACAAAUUAAAUCGCCUAAACCAAUUGAAAGAUCACAUUCAAUCACUGGUCAUUAUACGGACGAACGUGAAAAACUUAGAAAAGAAAGACGAGAGGCUUCAAUGACACGUCGUUGUAAUGAAGCUAAACAGUUUGUCAAUGAAAUUUUGUCAGAUAGUAUUUUACCAAAACAGUCAUCACCAAGGUUGGAUCAAUCAAUCAUUCCAAAACAUUCAAAUACCCCAAUAAAAAGAGGUCGAAGUCUAACACACAGUCGUGGUACAUCAAGAGUUUUAAAUCAACGUAAUUUACUAAACAAUUACAUUACUCCAUCUAGUCCAAAGCCGCCUACUCCUGUUCGCUUUCAUUAUAAUGCAAGAAGUGGAUUUACAGCUAGAGGAGCGCGUAACAUCUCAGGAAAUCGAGGACAACAAACAAAAAUUGUACAAAAGCAAUCCGUAGUAAGUCAUUCGCAUCCUGAUACACCAAAACACCUAACUUAUGAAGAUGACUUACAGACAACAAUUUUAAGCGACUGGUCACUAGAAAGUAAUGUGAAAAGAAUACUCUAUGGAGAUGAAGAAGAUAGAUUUUGCAGUCCAUCUAGGCAACAAAGUGGGAGUAGAAUUUCUAAUUUUGAUCAGGAGUCACAAAUUCCACAAAGUCCACAUUCCAUGCCAGAAACUGAUCUCCUUACUGAAAUAGGUGGAGUUCCAAGCACCAGCUUUAUUGAUUGGGAUGAGAUCGAUGAACUGAUUGGUGAUUUAUGACAAAAUAUCGGACUGAACUUUUUAAAAUUACUAUGUAUCUUUAUAGUUUGUUCUGUAAAAAAAUAAUUUUCAUAACAAACAAUCUUAUCAUUGGUAGAUUUUAAAAACCACAAGUUUAACACAAUUAAAUAUGAAGACAAUAUUUACUUUUGUAAUAACUAAGAAUGUAAGACAUGUUGGAAAUUUUUAAUAGUAUCAAAUGUAAAAGUUUUCAGUUAUC